AUGCACCCUGAGGAGCAGGACCUCCCUGAGGAGCAGGACCUCCCUGAGGAGCAGGAUCUCCCUGAGGAGGAGGACCUCCCUGAGGAGCAGGAUCUCCCUGAGGAGGAGGACCUCCCUGAGGAGCAGGAUCUCCCUGAGGAGGAGGAUCUCCCUGAGGAGCAGGAUCUCCCUGAGGAGCAGGAUCUCCCUGAGGAGGAGGAUCUCCCUGAGGAGGAGGACCUCCCUGAGGAGGAGGAUCUCCCUGAGGAGCAGGAUCUCCCUGAGGAGCAGGAUCUCCCUGAGGAGGAGGAUCUCCCUGAGGAGCAGGAUCUCCCUGAGGAGCAGGACCUCCCUGAGGAGCAGGACCUCCCUGAGGAGCAGGACCUCCCUGAGGAGCAGGACCUCCCUGAGGAGCAGGAUCUCCCUGAGGAGCAGGAUCUCCCUGAGGAGCAGGAUCUCCCUGAGGAGGAGGAUCUCCCUGAGGAGCAGGAUCUCCCUGAGGAGCAGGAUCUCCCUGAGGAGGAGGACCUCCCUGAGGAGCAGGACCUCCCUGAGGAGCAGGAUCUCCCUGAGGAGGAGGACCUCCCUGAGGAGCAGGACCUCCCUGAGGAGGAGGAUCUCCCUGAGGAGGAGGAUCUCCCUGAGGAGCAGGACCUCCCUGAGGAGGAGGAUCUCCCUGAGGAGCAGGACCUCCCUGAGGAGCAGGACCUCCCUGAGGAGCAGGAUCUCCCUGAGGAGGAGGAUCUCCCUGAGGAGCAGGACCUCCCUGAGGAGCAGGACCUCCCUGAGGAGGAGGAUCUCCCUGAGGAGGAGGACCUCCCUGAGGAGCAGGACCUCCCUGAGGAGCAGGACCUCCCUGAGGAGGAGGAUCUCCCUGAGGAGCAGGACCUCCCUGAGGAGCAGGACCUCCCUGAGGAGCAGGAUCUCCCUGAGGAGCAGGAUCUCCCUGAGGAGCAGGAUCUCCCUGAGGAGGAGGAUCUCCCUGAGGAGCAGUAUCUCCCUGAGGAGCAGUACCUCCCUGAGGAGGAGGACCUCCCUGAGGAGCAGGAUCUCCCUGAGGAGGAGGAUCUCCCUGAGGAGCAGGACCUCCCUGAGGAGCAGGACCUCCCUGAGGAGCAGGAUCUCCCUGAGGAGGAGGAUCUCCCUGAGGAGCAGGACCUCCCUGAGGAGCAGGACCUCCCUGAGGAGGAGGAUCUCCCUGAGGAGCAGGACCUCCCUGAGGAGCAGGACCUCCCUGAGGAGCAGGACCUCCCUGAGGAGCAGUAUCUCCCUGAGGAGGAGGACCUCCCUGAGGAGGAGGACCUCCCUGAGGAGCAGGAUCUCCCUGAGGAGCAGGAUCUCCCUGAGGAGCAGGAUCUCCCUGAGGAGCAGGACCUCCCUGAGGAGCAGUAUCUCCCUGAGGAGGAGGACCUCCCUGAGGAGGAGGAUCUCCCUGAGGAGCAGGACCUCCCUGAGGAGCAGGACCUCCCUGAGGAGCAGUAUCUCCCUGAGGAGGAGGACCUCCCUGAGGAGGAGGACCUCCCUGAGGAGCAGGAUCUCCCUGAGGAGCAGGAUCUCCCUGAGGAGCAGGACCUCCCUGAGGAGGAGGAUCUCCCUGAGGAGGAGGACCUCCCUGAGGAGCAGGAUCUCCCUGAGGAGCAGGACCUCCCUGAGGAGGAGGAUCUCCCUGAGGAGGAGGACCUCCCUGAGGAGCAGGAUCUCCCUGAGGAGCAGGACCUCCCUGAGGAGCAGGACCUCCCUGAGGAGCAGGACCUCCCUGAGGAGCCCGUUGUCUGUGUAAUCCACAGUUGA